AUGCCGGACAUCCAAGACGCCUUCCAGGCAGCGCUCAUCAUCGCCCUGCUGGUCACGCUGGCCCUCGCGGCCCUCCUCGCGGCCGUCGUGGUCGCCCUGCGAUACUGGCAGCCUGAGCAGCAGGAGCAGACGGAGCCGGAGCGCCGCCGCUCGCUCUACUAUCCUUCCACCCGUAGCAGCGUAGAGAACGCCUACCGCAUCCCGUGCGUCCCGGACCGUCCCCUCUUCCGCAACGUCGACUGGUCGUAUGGGACGUUCCAAGGGAACAGGUUUGAGUCCGGGCCGCGUGGUGGCUCGCGGGCGGGGUUUACCGUUGAUGACGAGCAUAGUAUCAGUACGAGAUGGGAGCGUGCGUCUCCCCGCGGGCAGCUGGGCGGGCAGCGUCGCAUGGCGGUGGAAGAACGGAGAGAUGCCUCCAGUGGGGUCGAGGGGGCGGAGGAGGAUUUGACAGAUAAACCCCGGGGGACGGCGGGGAGAGAAGGUAGGGACGGGGAGGAGACGAGCGGCUCUUCGACGCCUCUGGCUUCGAAGCAGGGAGCGGGUGCUGCCUCUGGCUGGGCUGAUAGGACUCGAGGCGGGAGGGGCCAUUCUAGCAACCGCGAACAUCAAGCCGGCAGCCAAUGCGGUCCAAACAGACACAGAAGCCAUGCUGCUCCCACUGCCCUGGUCGCCGGAGUCGCCACCGGUGCUGUUCGAGUUAUUCGAGGCCUGGCCGUCCGUCUUGACGACACGCUCCUGCAGCUUCGGGCUCAUGGGGCUGUGCGCCUUGAUGUACUGGUUCAGCACGUCCUCCUGCAGAUCGAGGACGGCGAACCCGCUCUGCUUCUCGAGGAUGUUGUCCCCGCCGCCGGCGAGGAAGUCGAGGGUGACGAGGCGGUACUCGCGCGCGUCGUGGAGGUCCUCGCCGCCGAUGGUCACUUUCACGAGGCGCUUGCCUACCUCGUUGGCCGGGUUGUGCUCGACGCGCACGGCGCUCGAGACCUGGAACCAGGAGCUGACCUCCUUGCCGUUGAACUGGUUGUUCGCGGAGACGAGGCCCUCGAAGACCUUGCGGAGGUCGGCGCCGGAGAAGGUGAGCUCGACCAUGGCGUUGCCGAAGGGGAAGGACGUCAGGACCUCGCCGCGGGUGAUGUCGCCCUCGUCGAUGGUGGCGCGGACGCCGCCCGAGUUGUGGAAGGCGAAGUCGGGCUUCUUGUCGCCCUCGGUCUGGUUGGCGCGGUAUUCGUACAUGGCGUCGGCCAUGACUUGGCCGAGGAGGCAGUCGCCCGUCUUGCACUUGGUCUGGUCGAGGGCGACGGAGGUCGAGCCGAUGACCUCGGCGGCGAAGGCCUCGAAGGGCACGCGCCACUCGUCGAUCUUGGCCUGGAGGGCGUGGUCCUGGGCGGUCUGGUUGGUCAGGUGGAUGGGGGCGCCGUGGUAGCCGGUGAUCUUGCCGUCCUUGUCGAAGAGGAGGUUGAUGGAGCCCAGGUACUCGCCCCAGCGGUACGAGGUGACGAUGAAGACCUCCUCGCCCUUGGUGUUGUUGACGAUGGUGGGGUACUUGCCCUCGGCGCCCUUCAUGUCGCCCAGGAGGGUGUGGCUGUGGGCGCCGAUGAUGAGGUCGAUGCCUUCGGUCUCGGCGGCGAGCUUCUGGUCAACGUCGUAGCCGAUGUGCGUCAGGGCGACGAUGUACUUGACCUUGGUGUUGUUGCGGAUCUCGUAGACUGCCUCCUGGAUUGUCUUGAUGGGAUCCUCGAACGUGAUGGACGGGGUGUCCGCGGAAGUCGCGCCGAUGAUGGCGAGAUUCUUGUCCUCCCAGACCUGGUAGUUUUUGAUAUGGGGCUUGAGCGCAGGAUUCUCCGACUUGACGUUGGAAGAGACGAUGGGGAAGGUCAGGUUGGAGAGAAAAGCACCCAGCUUGGUCUCGCCGCCAUCCCACUCGUGGUUUCCGAGGGUCAUGAUGUCGAACUCGAGGUCAUUGAGCACCUCUGCAAUCUUCUCGCCGCCAUAGUAGCUGUAGAACAUGGUGCCUUGGAACUCAUCUCCCGCGUUGAUCCACAUGCUGUCGGGGUGAGCGGCCUGGAGCUCAUUGACCUUGGACUUGAUGCGGGAGUAGCCACCGUAGCAGCCCUUUGCUGGGUUGGUGCAGUCAGUGCCGGAUGA